AUGGCACCUCAUGCUGUGGUUCAGGCCAUCAUUGACCUCUCUGCUGGUGCUAUAGGUGGCGCUGCAUGUGUCUUCAGUGGACAACCUCUGGACACAGCAAAGGUCAAGAUGCAGACCUUUCCCACACUCUACAGGGGUUUCAUUCACUGCAUCACUUCAACCUACAAACAAGUCGGGAUACGAGGUCUCUACCAGGGAACCUCACCGGCUCUCAUGGCCAACAUUGCUGAGAAUUCUGUGCUCUUCAUGAGCUACGGCUUUUGCCAGCAGGUCAUCCGCUUCACGGCGGGACUGCAAAGUGAUGCCGUGCUGAGUGAUAUGCAGAAAGCGUGUGCCGGCUCGGUAGCAUCCAUCUUCUCUUCGAUGGUCCUCUGCCCUACGGAGCUAGUCAAGUGUCGACUGCAAGCCAUGUACGAAAUGGAAGCGUCGGGCAAGAUUGCGAGGAGUCAGAACUCAGUGUGGUCUGUGGUGAAGUCCAUCCUGAAGAACGAGGGUCCGCAGGGCUUCUUCCAGGGCUUGACUACAACCAUCGCCAGAGAGGUCCCCGGCUACUUUUGCUUCUUUGGCGCCUACGAGUUUUGCCGCAGUGCCUUCGCGGAUUACAUGAAGUGUGAAAAAGACGAGAUAGGGGUAGCUCCAAUAGUAUUCAGCGGAGGUUUCGGAGGGGCAUGCCUGUGGCUGGUGGUCUACCCCAUGGACUGUGUCAAGUCUCGGAUCCAGGUCAUGUCCAUGACGGGCAAACAGGGUGGCUUUUUUAAAACCUUUAUCACCAUCACGCGCACGGAAGGUUUUAGAGCGCUCUACUCUGGUCUCACACCCACCAUGGUCCGCACCUUUCCUGCUAACGGAGCACUUUUCUUGGGUUAUGAGGUCAGCCGCAAAAUUAUGAUGAAGCAGUUUGAUAGCUGA